AUGCGUUUCACAUAUAAUCAGUAUAAUGGCUACGAUUCCGGUUAUCGGAUCCCUUCGAAAAUCCACAACACCAAUCUGAAUCACAGUAACAGCAGCAGUAGUAGUAGCGGCAACAACAACAACAACCAUGCCAGCCUCAAUAGCCAUCACCAUCAUCAUCAUCACACCAAUGGCAAUGGGAAUUGCCUUGGCAGCACCAACAUUGGCAACACCACCAUCUCCUCCAACAGCAGCAACAGUAACAACAACAACACCAGCAAUAGUCAUUCAAAUUCCGUUACCUAUUAUCAUCCGUAUUAUAGAACUAAUUUUGGUAUGCGUACCGCAAUGUCCACCAUGUCAACACUGAACCCGCGUAUCCAUCGUAAAGGUUUUCGGACGCCAUCAAAACGGCAUCCGGGCAAGGCAUUUCCUGGUAAACUGCACUCAAUGUCCAGGAUUGGUCCAGGAAAACUAGUCCCCGGUAAAAGAUUCCCGCCACGACCGCAUCCGCCACCCUGUGAUAAUUCCAAUGAUAGUGGUUUUGGGUUUGAUCAACAUGUUGAAAUACAACAGCAGCAGCAACAUCAACAACAACAACAUCAGCAGCAGCAACAACAACAACAAAUGCAAACAAGUAGCCCUAAUUCAAGUACAAAUUUAAGCAGUAAUUUAAGUACCUCUCCCAGCAGCAACAGUCUACACAUAACACAACAACACCAACAACAUCAUCAUCAACAGCAGCAACAACAACAACAACAAAAUGUCACAACAAAUCUCAGCAGUAAUACAACAACAUCAGCAUCAUCCUCGUCCUCAUCAACGUCCUCGGCAUCGAUAACAAAUUCAUCACCAGGAAAAUUACAGCAACAACAACAACAUCAUCAAACACAUCAACUGAUACGUGCUAUACCUGCCUCAAGAUCAAAAAGGCAUGCCAAACGAUUACCAUUUCUAAGUGAUGAUAAUACCGAUUCUGAAGAUGAAGAUUUUUGUACCGAUGAUUCGGAAGAUGAGUACAGCAGUGGUUGUGGUGGCAAAGCGAGACGUGGUAAACCCAGACGUAGUCUAUCCAUGCAAUCGAAUCAAGGAAAACAACAAAAUGCAGCAUCCUCUUCGUCGUCAUCGUCCUCCUCCUCGUCGUCAUCUUCAUCGUCGCCGCCCACGAAGAAUUUGAGUUACUAUCACCAUCAGUAUAAUAAUUACAGUCAUGGUAUGCAUGGCAUUAAGCGUAAAAAGAUUGAAGCCAUCCCGCCGGUGGAUUUGGACAAUGAUGAUGCCUGUAGUGAAGAUGCCUUCAUAAGGAAAAUUGCCAGUGCCAAUGGUAGCAAUAGCGGCAGCAGCAGCAGCGGUAAAGAACAGCCACAAUCCGCCGCCGCCAACACGGCCAAUGUUACCCAAGUAAUUGUCCAGAAGCCGCCAAGGUCUCAAGCAGCAGCCUCAAAAUUUAUUGCCAAUGGUUCACGCGGACUAACCCGUGUCGCCCAUAAACGUCAACCUGCCACACCGCCCAACAGUGUUGCCACAUCAUCGGAUGGUCGUGUCCAAAUGGAAAUUGUGUCACAGCCCGAGCAACAGCAUAGAGCCAGAUAUCAAACAGAAGGCAGCCGCGGUGCUGUAAAAGAUCGGAGCGGCAAUGGUUUUCCCAUUGUCCGCCUGGGUGGCUAUAAUAAACCAACAACAUUACAAGUAUUUAUUGGUACCGAUAUCGGGCGAGUGGCGCCGCAUAUGUUUUAUCAGGCCUGCAAGGUGGCUGGCAAGAAUUCAACACAGUGCAAUGAGAAGAAGGUGGAUGGUACCGUUGUCAUUGAAAUUGAAUUCAAACCAGAGCAAGAUAUGACCAUUACCUGUGAUUGUGUUGGUAUACUGAAGGAACGCAAUGUCGAUGUUGAACAUCGUUUUCCCGAACAUCUUGCCCAAAAGAAUAAAAAGAAAUCGACACGCUGUCGUAUGGUAUUUCGUACACAAUUGACCCAUGACGAUGGUACCGUCGAAACGUUACAAGUCUGUUCGAACCCCAUUAUAUGCACCCAACCACCCGGUGUUCCCGAGAUCUGUAAAAAAUCUCUCAACUCUUGCCCAGUCGAUGGUGGUCUCGAAUUAUUUAUAAUUGGUAAAAAUUUCCUCAAGGAUACACAUGUAAUAUUUCAAGAGACUUAUGAAACAAAUAUGCCCACCAAAGAUGAAUCUGGUACAACGGAUUUAACGCCAUUGCAUCAUCAGCCAUUGAUUGGUGCACUAUGGGAACAGACUGUUAUUCCGGAUAAAGAAUAUUUACAACAGACCCAUUUAAUUUGCACAGUACCCCCGUAUAUCCAUCAGAAUAUCAUGAAACCCGUUACCGUACAAGUGGCAAUUAUAUCGAGCGGCAAGAAAAGUGAACCGCAUACCUUUGUCUAUACACCGAAGGGAACCUAUACGCCAUUGGCAGCGGCCACCACAUUAAGUUCCGCUGCAACGCCACAGGUAUUACUUAGCGGCGGCAGUGGUAGCGGAUCCGAUGCUACCACAUUUAUGGAUACAACACCCGCAGCCAUAACGGCAGCUGCCGUGGCUGCCUCGGUAACUGCAGCAGCUGCCAAUAGUCUAUGGCCAGCAGCAACUGAAACAAAACAUGAAAUCGAUGCUGAUAUGAUGCCACCACCCAUUACCACACAAAUGCCCAUGGUGGUACGCCGUCCAUCGUUGAACAAUGCCCAGCCCAUGAUAACCGAUCAACAAUUGGCCCAUCUGAAUGCUGUGGCCGCUGCGGAAGCUUUGAAAACCGAAUUACUUGAUGAAUCUUCACAGAAUUCCAUUGCGGAGGCGAUCAGCUCUCCGGAAACGGUGGUAGCCUGUGCCGCAGCAGCUGCACAAGCUGUGGUCGCUGCCACAACGGGGGCGGCAAGUGUUGUGGGUGAUGGCACCACAGGACCACAAAGCCCAACUGCCCUGCAAUUCCGUAAUCGUUACGGCCGUAAAGCCAGCAUGGAUGCCAUGAUGUAUGAUAAUAGUAGCAUGACUGGAUUCCCCGUACCACCUGCCCCCACAACUACCACACCCAUGGAGGUGGCUGCUGUUGCAGCUGCCGUAGAAAUGGCGGUGAAAAAUGAAAUAGCCAAAGCCGUGUCGGUGGCAAAGGUUGAUAAAUUCAUAACUGAUUUGGCAAAGUCGGCAAAUGUCAGUGGUCCCGCGGAAGCCGUUAGUGGUCCAUCUAUUUUUGGUGUACCCAACACAAGUGCAAUUGAUAAUGCCUUCACCGAUAUUCUACAGCAGGCUGCAGUAACAUCUAAUCAACCUGCUGCUGCUGCAGCGGCGGCAGCAGCAGCUGCUGCUGUAGUUCUAGAACGUAGUCUUUCAACAUCAUCGAAUACAUCCUCGUCAACAUCUGGAUCCCCAUUGCCGGGUAAUUCACCAGCAAAUUCCAUGGCCAGCCACAAUUCACCCCUCACACAAGACAUCAUCUUAAAUUCAGAACCCUCAGUUGCAUUAACAGCAGCUUUGCAACCACUGCCCCAACUAAUGGCGGCAGCCACAGCGGGAUCGACCAGCAGCGUCAGUGGUGUUAGUCAGGAUGUGGCAAAUGCUACCGGUGGCGGUUUGCCCACAGAUAUUAUUAUGAAUCCCUCAGUUUCCCCUUCCACAAUAUUAUGCUCGGAUAAUGGUGCUGCCACAGCGGUGGUGCCCAACAUCAUGGCUCCACAUCAGGUGACCAUGGCCAAUUCCAUACUAAAUGACAUUGCUAUGCAGGCACAACCGACACAACAAGAUGCCGCUGUUGCCGCCUUGGCUUUGAGUAAUAUCAUGAUGACGCCGCCCAGUGAUAGUGGCAAUGUAUCCGUGUCGCCAACACCAACGGCCUUACAACCCGAGGUAACAUCAGCCACCUCGACAGCGCUGUUGAGUAGUCCAAAUGUAACAACAGAUCCAAUGAAUCCAUUAAAUUUGCUCCUGAAUCAUGGUGAUGUGGGUGGUGCACCCACAAAUAAUACAACACAGGCCAGUGUCGUUGCGGGCACAAAUACUGUGGUUGACACUGUACCAUCCCAAUAUCCAUUGACCAUUGCCACCCCACCCCAAGAAUCUCUGAUUGUUGCCUUGGCUACUGAAAAUGCAAUGCAAAAAUCUGUAACAGCGGCAGCUAUUACCACAAAUGGUGCAGUGGUUACCCAAGAAACAGCUGCUCCAGCUGUUACACAAAAUCUACAUCCAGCCACAGCGGCUGCUGUGGGUGCAGUAGCAGCAGUGGCUGCAGCCGCAGCUGCCACUGUGGCUCCAUUGGCGCCGAUACCACAAGAAUUGACCGCUAUGUCUGAUCAAGAUUUACUCAGCUAUAUAAAUCCCAGUACAUUCGAUCAAGUUUAA